AUGUUGAUGUUUGUGAUCAGCCUUGCCACUUUCUUGAGCCUCGGCGGCGCAAGGCCUUCCCUCGACAACAUCAACCAUUUCACCACCGAGAAAGAGUCGGAGGAAGUCCGAUCAUCGGCCAUCAAGAGGCUUCUGGAGGUUUUUGGGAUGGAUGACCCCCCUGCCAUCCAAGGACACAUGCAGGCGCCCCAGUACAUGCUGGAUCUGUACAACACUGUGGCCAAUGUGGACGGAGUGACCAAGGACCCGUACCUGCUGGAAGGGAAUACUGUGCGCAGUUUCUUUGACAAACUGCACAGUGAACAGGUGGAGUUCAGGUUCAAUGUGUCCACAGUUGCAAGAAGUGAGAAGAUCCUGACUGCAGAGCUCCAUCUUUUCAAGCUGCGACCUCAGGCAACGCUUUCUUUCAACAGGCAUCACUUUUGCCAGGUCAGUGUGUAUCAGCUGCUAGAUAGCAUCAGAACCAACAACACACAGGACAAGAAGCUGCUUUCUUCCCGGCUCAUCCCAGUCCAUUCUACAGGCUGGGAAGUGUUCACAAUCACACAAGCAGUCCGCUCCUGGAUGAUGGAAGAAGGGAUCAACUUGAGGCUCCAGGUAGUGAUCCGAACCCUGGGAGGGAGUCAGAUGGAGCUGAAGCUGAUCCGCUUUGCUUCAGGACGCCACCACCACCAGAGCAAGCAGCCCAUGCUGGUUCUUUUCACUGAUGAUGGCCGCCACCCCACUGCACUGGAGACCACAGACGAGGUCAGCGCCACCUCCGUCAUCCCUCAGGCCCCGCUCCCAGGCCCGCCUUCCCGCUCAGCUCGCUCCCUGGACUACAGCGAAGAAGAGGCCGUGUCUAAGGCCUGCCAGCGUCUUCCCCUGUACGUGGACUUUGAAGAGAUUGGCUGGUCGGGCUGGAUCGUAUCUCCCAGGGGAUACAACGCUUACUACUGCAAGGGUUCCUGCCCCUUCCCCCUGGGCCAGAACAUGAGACCGACCAACCACGCCACCGUCCAGUCCAUCAUCAACGCCCUGAAGCUGAUCAAAAGUGUUGAUACGCCGUGCUGUGUGCCUGACAAGCUCUUCUCCAUCAACUUGCUGUACUUUGAUGAUGAUGAGAAUGUGGUGUUGAAACAGUAUAACGACAUGGUGGCUGGAAGCUGUGGCUGCCACUGA